AUGAUCAAAGGGAGCUGUGCCUGCGGGCGCGUCCAAUAUGAGACUCAAGCUCAGCCCCUUGGCCUGACAGCCUGUCACUGCGUCACUUGUCAACGCGUUUCAGGUGGACCGUAUCUAGGAUUCGUCGGUAUUCCUGCGUCGGCAGUCAAAUGGAAACAGCAGCCAGAUAUCUGGUAUGCGAGUGACAUUGCGGAGCGCGGCCACUGCAAGUCCUGUGGCUCUGCGGUCUUCAUGCGGUACUUUUUCGAGGCAGAUCGCACUGCGGUGACUCUGGGAACAGUUAUUGAGGCCGAACCUGCUCUCCCAGCCUUGGGGGCACACAUCUUUUUAAAGGACAAAGCACAGUAUCUUGUUCUUGCAGAUGACGGAGCCACCCGAUAUGAUGAGUUUUCUGAGGAGUUUCGCAACAAGAUCGAACAAUGGAGAAGGCAACGGCAGAGGAGGGAAGAGGGCGAAACAGUAAGCAUGAACCUGCAAGCAGCCUCUUUUGACUGCGACUGA